AGGAGGAUGAAGAGGCCGCCAGGCCUUUGGGUUCUCCUAUCGGCAGGGGUUCUAUGGCUUAGCCUACAGGACGCAUAUGGAAUUAGAGCUUCUUCUUUAAUAUAUGGAAAGUCAACCACGACGACCACAACUACCUUAGCACCAGUACAAAAUGACACUUCACCUGAUGAAGAGUCUCCAGCUACCACAGAUUCGCCAACGGGGGAGGGAAACGUGACAAAACCCACCUUGACAGGCAACCCACAAAUCGACUACGUAUGGGACCCCAACUUGCCGAAGGAACUGAACGGUUACAACCUGUCCGACUACCCCUUCUACGAAAGGGUGCCCGAGGAUAUCGACUUCAAAUGCGACGGUCUACACGACGGUUUCUACGCCAGCGUCAAGCACAAGUGCCAGGUGUACCACCACUGUCUCUUCGGAACCAGAUACGACUUUUUGUGCGCCAACUACACUGCCUUUGAUCAGAAGACUUUCAUCUGCCAUUUUGCUUCUGAAGUCGACUGCGUCAAUUCUAAGAAGUUCUGGCACAGGAACGAUGCCCUGUACCAGGCUGCCUCGACAACCACCCUGAAACCCCUCGUAAUCUACACGACCGCGUCACCAGCUCAACCCCAACCGAUCACAGCCCUGUCACCGCUUUCACCUCUACCCGUUGCUCGGACACAUCCCGAUAGUGUGAGACCCUACAGACGUCGGAGACCUCACUUUGAUUACUACGGCGACUACUACGAGGAUUACUACGAGGAUCGACCGCGAAGUCGCGGUAGAAAAAGGAUCAGACCUAAAAGGCCAAGGCCGUUGUAUGAAGAUGAGUACGACGAAGAGUACUACGAUGAUGAGAAGUACGAAAGACGAGGUGGGGUGAGAAGAAGACCUUAUAGCAGAAGGAGGAAUAAGGAACGGGACAGGGGCAAGUUUGAGUAUGACGAUGAGGAGGAUAGCCAGGACGAAGAAGAUUACAGAUUGAGUAGCAGAAGAAAGGUGAACAACAGGAAAAAGCGACCUGACAGUGAUGAAGAUGAAGACGAUGACAGAUAUCCUCCAAAACGGAAGCAUAACAGGAGAAGACCUCCAAGCGAGGAAUCUCCUAAAAACAGAAAAAGACGUCCACAACUACAGUCAGACUACGAUGAAGACUAUGAUAGCUACGAGAAACCAAAGAGCAAAAGCAAGGAUAAAACGAAAAUCAAUAGUCAAAAACAAAAUGCUCAACCUGAUCUUGUUAAGCCGAGCAGUGGUACGGUAUACGAUCGUCCAAGGGUAGCACCAAAAAUCAAACCUCCGGUUCCUAAGGAUCAAGCAGAGAAGUAUGCUUACAAAUCUUCUAGUGGUAAAGGGAAAGAUAAAGAGGUUGAAGAGGACUAUUACGAUGAGUAUGAAGACUUUCCUAAAAGGAAAAGUCCUGUACAUAGAAGACCGUCAGAAGGUAGUGGAAGAAAGAAAAACAGACCACCCGUGGAGGAUGUUGAUUCAGAAGAACGACCAAAGCAAAAGCUCAAAGAGUCAUCUAGGGGAUUUGCUUCAGAAUCACCUCAAGAGCAACAACAUAAGGUACCUUCCAAAGAAAAAUAUAAGGGACCAACUAGAGACGUUGCUCCAAGGGAACAUCAAAAACAAGAACAUGAGGAUCUUCCUAAGGCUGAUACUUCAGAAGAACAUCCAAAACAGAAGUCUCCUGCUACCAAACCUAAGGAAUCUAUUAGGACCGAUGAUAAGUUAAAACCUAAAGAAUCUAUUGGGACAGAUGAUAAGUCCAAAGAAGAUGAAGAGGAAGAUUACUACGAUUAUUAUGAAGAUGAACCGGACGAGAAGGGAAGUGGCAAAGAUGCGACCGUAUCUACCUCUACGACAACGAAAAUGCCAACGACUACAACUGUCAAGCCUACUAGCAGUACAUCACCAUCAACCACAACUAGCACUACAACCACAAGUACCACCACGACUACUCAAGCUCCAAUACUCAGGAUAGAACAGCCCUUGAUAAGGUUGGUGAAGAGACCUUUCCUCCCUAGCAGAGGUGGUAACCCUUAUGCAGCAAGAGGAUUAGAACCUGUGGGGGCUAGAGCUUUCUCAUUGACUCCUGAAGUCAACGAGGAUAUACCAAGGGACAUCCCGAAAGAGGCGAAUACAGAGAAAGUAACCGCAGAUGCCACCUUCAAGCCUUCACCUGUCAUCAUGACUGCGCCCGUGAGGAGCAUUGCCUCAAACGGGAAUGGACGGGAGGAGUUCCGUCCCCAACCAGAUCCUAGAUUGACCUUCAGGAGUAAUCCCAACACGUCGUCACCUCAGAAAUCUCCUGAUAAGAACCCUCUUGACAUAAACGCUUCGGAAUAUGACGUGACCUUGAACGAUGCUCUAAAUCCAACCCUUUCGAAUUUACCUUACAGCUAUCCAAGUUACAGGGGUCAACAGGGUUCAGAUCAGGCUGUCUCGUCGGCUAAUGCAGGGUACAAUUUUCAGAUCGAUCCACUGACGCAUAGGUACGACGUGGUACCUAGAAGGGACUUCAAUGAACAAUUUACUGUGAUCAGAGAUGCGUACAGGCCUAGACAAGUGCAAAGUCAAGCUGUGUAUUCUAGGUAUUGAGAUAAAUUGUGAAUAGUCAAGUUAGAUUAGGAAUCUUCUCCUCUAUUUCUAUGUCAAUGCCUCAAAGACUGGAAUAACCUAAACAUGUUUGAGGGAGGGGGUUAGAGCAUUCUCAAUUUAAAGAUUACCUACUUAGAGAGGACCUUAGUAAAAUGUUCAGACCGAUAGGUCGCCCCAAGGGGCCCUUAAACUUAAAACGUGUUUUUUCGAAAAUAAUUCUUCACAAGCCCACUUUUUUUUUUAUUUGAAAAUAUUACCGAAGCUGCAUUGUUAUUUAUAUCCUACAAAUUCGCCAAGAUUUGUUGCAGGUGCAGGUUCGAGGGAAAACAUUUUUGAUUUCUUCCGAAUUUUUGGUUAGGUAAUGAAAAUUUUGCAAACUUAAAAAUUCACUGUAUUCUUUUUGAAUCCACUAACAAAAUCAUGAACUUUUGCCCCAAGUAAAUUUUUCACAUUUUAAACGCAGGAUAUCAUAAAUAAGAUGGCUACCAGAACUCAACAUAUUUAUUUAAAAAUUUAGGAAAAUCAGGUAAAACGAUGUGUUUCCUAUUUUCGCAAUUUUCCUGGAAACAAAUCAAAUUUUUGACUUUGCAAUCUGAUGAAAUGGAUAAAAAUACAUAUAUUCCGAUCUCUGGCAAUUCCGGGCAAAGAUUCUUUUGGCUGUGGAUAUGAAAGGAUCGCAGGAAUAAACAGUGGAUUUCAAAGUUUGCAAAGAUUUCAUUAGCUAACCAAAAAUUCGAAAAAAAAAUACAAAAAACCUGUUUCGCGGACCCAUACUUUCCACAAAUCAAUAAAAAUUACGGUUAUAUAGGAUAUAACAAUCUAGCAUCGGCGAUUUUUUCAUUUUUUUUCAAACAAAAUCGCGCUUGUAAAAAAUUAUUUUCAAGAAAAUCCCUAGGAUUUGAUUCAAAUGGAAAACCUUUGGAGGCAAUCGUCAUAUGUAGGUUUCGCCUAUAGCCUUUGUCAAAUUGUAUUCCUUUGGAUAUCAAUAUUUCAUAGUUUUGCUAAUUGACAGAAUACGCACCAAAAUUACGAAUGACAAAAUAUUCCAUUGACAAAAGAGAUAAAAGUGAUUUUAUAGAAAAAAAUCUCUUCACCUUUGUUCGAAUAUAUACUCAAGUUAAAUAUCGUCGAAUUAAUUGAAUUUGUGAGUAGUUCAGUCAAAUUGGAACAAGCAACGUAAAACAUAUUUGACAUUUUCUUAGAACAUUCAGUCAAGCUUUUUGUUUGAAUAUGUGUUGGACUACUUUGAGGGUGAUAUGUAUUUCUUCGGAGUGAAAGGGUUGACAUAAACUAGCUUCACUGUAUCCCAUUUUAAUCCCUCUACCUAAGUAUAACUGCGCAUUCUAGAAAAAACAGUUUUAAACGAAAGUUGACCUUCAUCAUCCGUUCAAGGUGAAGCGAAUAUUUUGAUAUGGAACCCGUCUUUGUCACUUCGGAAUUGAAAACAAGUGCAAAAUGUACGUCUUGACAUUACCUUGGUCUUGACCUUGACCACUGCCUUCAAGGUCAUUUGAAGGUCAAAUCGAAAUAUCCAAAACAAUUUUCUCUAGCAAAAAUGUUCGACAGUACAGUUGUAAGAUUUGUGCGGAUCACUCAGGUGACUUUGACCAUGACCUUCAUAGUUGAGCCAAAAUUUCCUCUCAUUUUUGGAACAAGCAUGAGCUCGACUCUGAGGUCAGGAUCACACUUGGACGUAAAAUUUCCCGCUUUUCCAUUUCCAUUAUAAAAAUGCGCGGUUUCCUUUGACAAUUGUGACAUGACCUUGAAGGUCAUGGUCAAUGUCACCUUCGGCUGAUCCCCACAAACGUUACAAGUGUGUUGUCGAACACUUGCUAGAGCAAAUUGUUUCAGAUGGCUUGGAAUGACCUUGAAUGCAAUGUCCAAGGUCAAGGUGAUAUUCAGACAUAAAAUUUGCUCUUCUGUUCAAUUCCGAUGUAAAAAAGUGGAGUUGUAUUUGGAAAUAUCCACUUGAUCUUGGAAUGACCUUGAAGGUCGUAGUCAAGGUCACCAUAAUUUCGCCCCUUUGAAAUCCUGCAACCUUUGUUUGGAACUUUUUUCUAGAAUACGCAGUUUUCGAAAUAUGUGAGGAGAUUAAAACGAGACUCGGUGUAUAACUGUUUUAUUUUGGCUAAGAAGUUACUUUCUAUAAAAUGUAUAAGAUUUUGUUAUGCAUUCCAGUACGACACCAUUUUUUUGAGAAAUUGCAUGAUAAAUGCAUAAUUUGACUGGACUCUAAAGCCAUAUGCCUUUUAUACUCGUGAUCUAGCUGUGUAUAUUUAGUUAUUUUUAAUUAAUUUAACGAAUUGUAAUAUACCUUGUAAAAAUAUUUUGUUUAAAUAAAUCCUAAGAUAUUACAACAGAUGUUUGUGUACGGCGGCGAACAUUAGACAUCACGCGCUAGUCUGAGAAGCAAGAGAAAUUUAUUCAUAAUUAUUCUUCUGUUUGAUGACCUACUUACAGACCAAGGACGCUUUCUUUCGCGAAAAAAAUAUGCAACCAAUUUAUCAGUAGUCUGCAUUGCUAGGUGCAUAUAUUCAUUGCAAAUGCAAAUUCAUGACUUCUAUAUACAUGGAAAUAUGCAAAUUAAAAAUAUUACAACAUCUAUGGGUGUUUUUCAUUGAGAGGAUAUGAUGUAUUGAUGGUAUCGUUGUGCAACUAUGUCACUGAAGUAUAUCAAUAUAUCUUCUUGAAUGUCUAAGUUUAAAUAAGCAAAAAAGGAUGUAAAAUACAAAAUGCAAUAUAAACAAUACAUGAAAAUAUAGAAAUAAACAUGAAGUACCCAAAAAAGAAAAGAAAAAGAACUCGUGCUUGAGCUCGAGAUAUACUAAGUGACAUAUAAAUCCGAACAACCAG